AUGCUGAUGAGCCCUCGCGUCAACGAUAGCGUUCACGAACUCGAACCACCACGCACUGCUCGCUUCGUUUCAUCGUCUGCUGCGUCGACGCUCUCUUCUGGUCAUGGAGGUGGCACUCAAACUCCCCACAGCAUGGGACGUGCUGGGGGAGUUCGUGCUUCUUUGAGCGUCAACUAUCUCCCUUCAAAGUUUUCCGACGCACUCAUCUCUCCUACUGCCAAUCCUAGACGUCGAGUAGGCAAAGGCAAAGGUAAACUUCCAAAGGCAGGCGGAGGCACAGAAGUCUUCAAAGCUGGAGAAGCCCGCAUGCCAGUCGAGGGUGACGAAGACUACGAUGGCGUUUCCACUGGUUGGUUUGGGGGAAAGUCGGCUAAGCUUCGCUCUGGUCCAGCGAUGAAAUGGAAUCGUUUCAAGUGGAUUUUAUUGUGUACGAAUACACUCCUCAUGAUGUUCUCUAUCACCGCCCUCAUUCUCUCACUCCUUACAUGGUUCAACGUUUUCACUUCCGCAGACAUUAUUCGCGUUGGCAAUCGCACCGAGCUCAUCCUCUCCACUGUCGCCGCUAGCGUCGGGAUCCUCACAGCUCUAAUCGGUUAUGCCGGGAUCCUCUUAAAUAAUCGGUCAUUCCUCGCCAUCUACACCUUUAUGACAUGGAUCACCUUCAUUCUGAUUGUCAUCCCCGGUUACCUCACCUACCGCAAACGUUCCUUCAAUCUUGAAGGCAAGUUAAAUUCACAAUGGUCGAGAGAUCUCGGGGUCGAGGGUCGAUUACGCAUUCAACACCACCUCGCUUGUUGCGGUUACUUCUCCCCCUUUAUCGAAGCUACCGUCAGUCAAACUUGUUACCCACGCUCGGUCUUGCCUGGGUGUAAACUCAAGUACAUGAACUUCCAACGAAUGGCAUUGAAGCGGUGGUACAUGGGAGUUUUCGCCUGGAUACCUGUACAAUUGGUGGUUAUGGUCGCAGGACUACUUUGUUCGAAUCAUGUUACAUACAGGUUUGGGAAAGGGAUGAUGCCCAAAGCGUAUAGGUUGGAUUUGAGUAGUAUGGCGGUGAUCAUGGAUAAUUAUGCAAAUGAGAUGACGGAACAAUACGGGGCGGAUGUUGCGUCCAACGUACUUGUAGCUUCCCGGUCCAAUCUUCAGUUAUCUGGAAACGAGUCGAUCAUGACGAUGCCUUAUGAGGCUGGUGGGUCCCACACGGUACAUGCCAUUUGAUCUCUAGCCCAAAAUACGAAUCCGUUAGAUUAUGACUUUCCCUACGUCCAAAGCCACCG